CAUUCGUGCUUUUCUCGACGCUCUUCUGUCCUCACAGCUGCAGAAAGCUCACAGUAAAGUUGGAGAGCAGAAAAGCUCAAAGAAGAGAGAGAUUGGAGAAUACUUGCAGAGACGCCGAAACAGUUUCAACGAAAUCUCGGAAAAUUUUGGAGGUUUUUGGACGCCUGAAAUUUCAGGCGAUAAUGGCGAUGCCAGACGGAGCUCUGGCUAUAAUAAAUGGCACUGUGAACGCAGUUGAUUCUUCACCUUCCAAGACUUGCCUAAAGAACUCGCCCCUCAAAUCGCCGAUUCUGAUAUUCUCUUUCUUUCAUAAAGCUAUUCGCUCUGAGCUCGAUAGCCUCCAUCGAGCCGCCUUGGAUUUUGCCACUAACCAGCAAGCUGCAGCAUCUGAUAUCAAACCCUUGUUCGACCGCUGUCACUUUCUUCGUACCGUCUAUAAGCAUCAUUGUAAUGCGGAGGAUGAGGUCAUAUUUCCUGCAUUAGAUAUACGUGUGAAGAAUGUUGCGCGCACAUAUUUCUUGGAGCAUGAGGGAGAGGGUCUUCUAUUUGAUCAAUUGUUCAAGCUGCUAAAUUCUAAUUUGCUAGAGUAUGAGGGCUACCGUAGAGAAUUAGCUUCUUGUACUGGUGCCCUUCGAACAUCAAUUAGCCAGCAUAUGUUUAAGGAAGAGGAGCAGGUCUUCCCCUUGGUUAUUGAGAACUUUUCAUUUAAAGAGCAGGCAUCACUGGUGUGGCAAUUUCUUUGCAGCUUGCCAGUUAAAAUGAUGGCAGAAUUUCUUCCCUGGCUUGCCUUGUAUGUAUCAUCUGAUGAACAUCAGGAUAUGCUUAAGUGCUUGUGCUCAAUAAUCCCUGAAGAGAAGCUUCUUCAACAGGUUGUUUUUGGAUGGGUGGAAGGGGUAAAGAUUAAAUGUAGAAGCUGCACAAAUGAUGCCAAGGCUCGUUGUGAUAAUGUUGGGACGUAUGACUUAAUCAGUUGUUCUGAAAAGGUGUAUUGUGGUUGUGAACCUUCCGAAAGUGGAAAAAGGAAAUGGACGGAGCUAAGCAUUGACGAUACCAGUUCUUCUUCAUCAUGCCCUAUAGAUGAAAUAUUACUUUGGCAUAAGGCUAUAAAACAAGAGAUGAUUGAUUUAACUGAGGCUGUUAGGAAGAUACAACGUUCUGGAAAAUUUUCUGAUUUGUCUGCAUUUAAUGGGAGGUUGCAGUUUAUUACUGAAGUCUGCAUCUUUCAUAGCAUUGCUGAGGACAAAGUUAUAUUCCCUGCUAUAGAUGCAGAGGUUUCUUUUCUCGAUGAGCAUGCCGAUGAGGAACUUCAGUUUGACAAGCUUAGAUCCCUGAUGGAAGGAAUUCAGAAUGCUGAAGUCAACUCAUCAUCUACUGAAGAUUACAUGAAGUUGAGGUCUCACACUGAACAAAUAAAGGACACCAUACUGAAGCACUUUGACAAUGAGGAAGCUCAGGUUCUACCACUUGCACGAAAACAUUUUACCCCCCAAAGACAACGAGAAUUACUUUAUGAAAGUUUGCGCUUAAUGCCUUUGAAAUUGAUUGAAUCUGUAAUCCCGUGGCUCGUUGGAUUUCUUAGUGAAGAUGAAGCAAAGUUAUUUCUACUGAAUAUGUAUAUGGCAGCCCCUACAACAGAUUAUGCAUUAAUAACACUGUUUUCUGGUUGGGCAUGCAAAAGAAAAUCCAGAAACAAUAGUUCCUUCUCAAGUAAAACAGGUUUGUGUUCUGCCAGGAAACUAUCGGAGAUAGAGAAUACUAGCCCAUCAUUCUGCAUAUGUGCACCUUCGUUCAGUCCCGAGACAAAAUACUCAUCCAUUCAACAAGACAAUGUAUAUGGAAGUCGGACCAGUCAAAUGUGGAAAGCCAAAACUGGGGAUGGGAAUGGUGUUUCUUCCUGCACUGGACUUAGAGAAUCUUUUAACUUACCUGAUAAUCAGACUUGCUGUGUCCCUGGAUUAGGGGUAAAUGCAAGUCAUCUGGGAGCAUCUUCAUUAGUCUCUACAAAAUCUCUGCGAUCCUUAUCUGAUUGCUCUGUGCCUUCACUUAACUCUAGUCUGUUUGUCUGGGAAACAGAUGUUGGUUCUUCUGACAAUGGGUUCAAAACACGCCCUAUUGAUAACAUAUUUAAAUUUCAUAAAGCCAUAUGUAAAGACUUGGAGUAUAUAGAUGUUGAAUCUGGAAAACUGUUUGAUUGUGAUGAAAAUUUCCUGAGGAAGUUCACUGGUAGAUUUCGCUUAUUGUGGGGUUUGUACAGAGCUCAUAGCAAUGCAGAGGAUGAUAUAGUAUUUCCGGCAUUAGAAUCAAAAGAAAAUCUUCACAAUGUGAGUCAUUCCUACACUUUGGACCAUCAGCAGGAAGAGAAAUUAUUUGUUGAUAUUUCAUCUGGACUGUCAGAGCUUAGUCACUUACAUGAAUCCUUGAAUAAUAAGAAUUCAUCUGAUCAUUUUACCAGCUUCUGCGCUGAUUAUUCUGAUUGCUCUGAUGCCAUACAGAAGUACAAUGAGUUAGUUACAAAGAUUCAGGGCAUGUGCAAAUCCAUUAGAGUAACGCUAGAUCAACAUAUCUUCCGUGAGGAACUUGAACUAUGGCCGCUAUUUGACGUGCAUUUCUCUGUAGAAGAACAGGAUAAAAUUGUUGGUUGUAUAAUUGGUACUACUGGGGCAGAGGUUCUUCAAUCAAUGCUGCCAUGGGUAACUUCUGCUCUCACACAAGAGGAGCAAAACAAAAUGAUGGACACAUGGAAGCAGGCUACAAAAAACACCAUGUUCAAUGAGUGGCUUAAUGAAUGGUGGGAAGGACCUGCUUCAUUUUCAAACACAACUACACCCAGUGACCAUGUUUCACUAGGUGCUGACGCCUUUGGAAAUUUGGAUCAUAGCUUUCAAGCUUUCAGGCCCGGGUGGAAAGAUAUAUUCAGGAUGAACCAGAAUGAACUAGAAUCAGAAAUUAGAAAAGUUUCUCAAGAUUCAACUCUUGAUCCAAGAAGGAAAUCCUAUCUUAUUCAAAAUCUAUUGACUAGUCGCUGGAUAGCUUCUCAGCAGAAGUCAUCUAAAGCAACAGCAGAUGAAUUUGGAAAUGGAGAAGAUGUACUUGAAAGAUUACCUUCCUAUCAUGAUCCAGAGAAAAAAAUCUUUGGUUGUGAGCAUUACAGAAGAAAUUGUAAACUUCUUGCUGCUUGCUGUGGAAAGCUAUUCUCCUGCAGGUUCUGCCAUGACAAAGUCAGUGACCAUUCCAUGGAUAGGAAGGCUACAGCUGAGAUGAUGUGCAUGCGCUGCCUGCAAUUACAGCCAAUUGGACCAGUUUGUGCAACAUCUUCUUGUGGUGGUCUGUCAAUGGCAAAGUACUACUGUAGUAUUUGCAAGUUUUUUGAUGACGAAAGGACAGUUUACCAUUGCCCUUUCUGCAAUAUAUGCCGUCUGGGGAAAGGACUUGGUGUUGAUUCUUUCCAUUGCAUGCAGUGUAAUUGUUGCUUGUCAAUGAAAUUAGUUGAUCACAAGUGCCAGGAAAAAAGCUUAGAAACAAACUGCCCUAUCUGCUGUGAUUUUUUGUUCACAUCUAGUACAUCUGUCAGAGCUCUUCCUUGUGGACAUUUCAUGCAUUCCACUUGCUUUCAGGCAUAUACUUGUAGUCACUACACCUGUCCAAUUUGUCGUAAAUCUUUGGGAGAUAUGGCGGUUUAUUUUGGCAUGCUUGAUGCUCUGUUGGCUUCUGAGGAACUCCCUGAGGAAUAUCGGAAUCGUCAUCAGGAUAUACUAUGUAAUGAUUGCGAUAAGAAGGGGAGUGCACCAUUCCAUUGGCUGUACCAUAAGUGUGGGUUAUGCGGGUCUUACAAUACAAGGGUGAUUUAAGGUUGGCUCAAGCAAUCAUCUGCUCUACCUCUAGGUCAUUAUGGCUCAGGAGAACUCUGCCACAAGUUGACUCUCCGUGUGUUCAUGGCUCUUCAAUCGGAACGGAAAGGGAAAAGAUUGCUCUGUAGCAUUUUUUUAUCAAUCGUCCCACGUUUUUUAAGGAUGGUUACACGGUAAGUGGCGAUCACCCCGUUCUCUGAUUGCUUAAAUUCUCCUUUAUAUCAGUUCAACAGAUGCCAAGUGCCAUCCAUCCUCCGUUGGAACUGAUAGCGCAUUUGGUAUCGUUUCUCUCAUUCUUUCCAUUGCCUGAUGCCAAAAAAAUAUAUAUAAAAAUAAUUUUGUAGUA